AAUAUUGCUGAGGAGCUGCCUGUCCGGCAAGCGUUGGCCGGUGAAGAUGAACUGCCGGCGUCUCCAGGACGGCUGGUCGGAGUUUGCCAAAGAGCAUGAUUUGCACGUGGGUGACUUUUUGGUGUUCAUGCACGAAGGGGACAUGGUAUUUGACCAAAGUCAAGAGACCAAAAAUCAAAGUUGCAACCCGGACCAUCCUGUGGCUAUGGUGGAAGAUAAUUUUAAUGGUGUGUGUUUAUACCUUAUAUGAAUGCAUAUAUUAUGGAUAUGGUUGGAGAGAUUUUCGAGUUGCAAAUGACAUAAAGACAGGGGAUGCUCUUGUGUUUCAGCUCACUGAAAAAGGAACAAAGCCCGUUUUUAGGGUUCAUGUACAUUCCCAAAGACUUUGCAAGGGCAAACAAUUUAUGUAACAAAAAUUACGAGAUAAUACUUAGGGAUCAAAGUGGAAGGUCAAAGUCCAUGAAACUGGAGGGGAAGAGAAGGGGCGUGGUUUAUAUUGCACAUGGCUGGAGUAGGUUUGCCGUGGCGAAUGGCUUAAAAGUGGGUGACUUAUUCAUGAUAGAGCUUGUCAAGGGAGGAAAGAAGCUUCUUAUGAACUUCUAUGGUGUGCACACAGAAGGAAAUGGCUCGCACAAGCAGGACGCAAGCAGGGCAUGAUAACUAGGAAGUGAAACAGAGGAAGAGAAGCCUGUUUUUUUUUCCUUUGGCAAGUAUGGCUCAAUCUAGCAACUGAACUUCCUAUCAUACAUUUUUUGGUAUGAUCUUAACAUGUUUUUUUUUUUUGUUUGCUUUUGGGUUUUGAUGUAACACUUGAGUUCCCAACAUCUAUGCAUGUACUAUCUACUGAGUGUGUUGUAGCAGAGCAAGCUUGUGUUGACCAUAUAAUGCCAUGAAAAUUAAGCAGUUUCUGUUCAA